UGGACAAGCAGAAACUAGCGCCAUUCAAUGCUCCCUCUAUCGGUGUUUCCGCUAUUGGCGCGCGCGCGCACCCGCCCCUUCAGCGCCUGUCCUCAUCCAUCUCACCGGCUAUUCUUCCCUUCCUCGCCCUCUCCCCUAUUCUCUCUGUCUCUCUGUCCCUCUCUUGGACCGCUUUGUCUCACCAAAGCGAACGGAAGGACGGCGCCUGUCUGAGCAUAUUUGCUGUCCCGAAACCUCCAUGCUCGUCUUCUGGACGAAAACCGGACCGUUAUUCCUGGAAAUAGAGGACUGUGAGUACUCAGAAUGUCAGAGAAGGGUUCUACUUCCGAUGUGAAGAAUGCCAUGGAAGGAGACAGCAAAAGAACAAGAGAUCAGGAUCAUGACUCAAAGAUGUCUGAUGAACACCGAGACACAGAUGACUCAUCUGAGAAAACAUCCAGCAGGAUGUCCAGAUCCCCACAGAAAUCUUCCAAAAAACCAAAGACAGUGCCUGUGAAAGUCACGCUGUUGGAUGGAUCAGAAUAUGAAACUGGAGUGGAGAAAUCCUGUAAAGGUCAAGUGUUGCUGGAUAUGGUGUGUGAGCAUCUGAACCUGCUGGAGAAGGACUACUUUGGCCUGACCUUCUGUGAUACUGACAGUCAAAAGAACUGGCUGGAUCCAUCAAAAGAGAUCAAAAAACAAAUUCGUGUAGGCUCCUGGCAGUUUUCAUUCGCUGUCAAGUUCUACCCUCCUGAUCCAUCACAGCUGAUAGAAGACAUCACUCGGUAUUACCUGUGUCUUCAGUUAAGAGAGGACAUGCUGUCGGGGCGCUUGCCAUGUUCAUUUGUCACACACGCUUUGCUAGGCUCAUACGCCGUGCAGGCUGAACUAGGAGAUUUUGACCCAGAUGAGCACGGACUUGACUACAUCAGUGACUUCCGCUUCGCUCCCAACCAGACACGUGAGCUGGAAGAGAGGGUUGUGGAACUCCACCGCACCUACAGGGGCAUGAGUCCUGCGGAAGCUGAGAUGAACUUUCUGGAGAAUGCUAAAAAGCUCUCAAUGUACGGAGUUGAUCUUCAUCAUGCUAAGGACUCGGAGGGCAUUGACAUAAUGUUAGGUGUGUGUUCAAGUGGCCUGUUAAUCUACAGAGACCGUUUGCGGAUUAACCGUUUUGCCUGGCCCAAAAUUCUCAAAAUAUCUUAUAAGAGAAGCAACUUUUACAUCAAAAUCCGCCCUGGAGAGGUAGAGAAAAAGUAUGAACAGUUUGAGAGCACCAUUGGCUUUAAGCUGCCCAACCAUCGAGCUUCCAAACGCUUGUGGAAGGUCUGCAUUGAACACCACACCUUUUUCAGGUUGGUCUCUCCUGAACCCCCACCCAAAGGUUUUUUGGUGAUUGGCUCAAAGUUCCGCUACAGUGGGCGUACCCAGGCCCAGACUCGGCAGGCGAGUGCAUUAAUUGACAGGCCGGCCCCUCAGUUUGAGCGAUCGGCUAGCCGGAGGUACUUACUCUCACGCAGUCUAGAAGGAGCAUCUGCUCUGGGCGAUACAAUGGACAGACUCUCCCAACACACCUCUAGUGACCCUGCACAUAGCUUCUCCAGAGACGAUCUGGACCGGGACUACAUGGAGCCUAGUCAGGAGCAGGAUCUGGACCAGCAGCAGAAGCAAACUGUAGAUAAGAGACCAGAGACAGAUGCUACUCCAUCAAAGGCCAUGGGGGAGGAGCCAGGCUCUCCUCUAGACUCUAAGGCUGAGUCGGACCAGGACUUGGCCCCUCGCCCUAAACAGGAGCAGUUUCUGGAUAAACCUGAAGAUGUACUGCAAAAACAUCAGGCAAGUAUCAACGAACUGAAGAGAGCUCUGAGGGAGCCCAACAGCAAGCUAGUCCACAGAGAGAAACGUCUGUCUGUGACCUCUUCUGGCAGUACUCCAGAGAAAAAAACUGCCUCUGAGGAGCCCAUAUUUAUUGAGGAGCAAGACGGUUGUCAAACAGACCUGACCCUCAGUUCAAAAGAGGAAAAGAACAAGAACGCUGCUAGAAUAGAGACACCACUCACUCAGCAUGAAAGAGAUCAAGUGAAUAGUGUGAAAAUCUGUAUGGCUCCUGGUGGCCCAAUGGGAAGCCAUACCAUCAAAUCAAAUAAGAACUCCAUCCCAUCCCCAGAGAAGCCUCAAAGAACCAAGAUGUAUACAUUAAAGACUGAAUAUAUCAGCGAAACACAUUCUGCUGCCAAGAACAUAAAUGACAAUGGACUUCCACAUGAGAAAUGUUUGAAGAACAAUAUUCAUGCAAAUGGCUAUGAUGAAUAUCCAACAGAGACUCAUUGGAUUGAAAGGAGAUAUGUUGGAACAACUCAUGUAAAAGAUAGUGUAAACCUAGAUUUUUCAAACUCUGAGGGGAGAAAGCAGGGUGAAGUUUCUCCCAAUGUAGUUAUAGACAAACAUAUGAGAGAUCAGUAUAAUGGAAGCAGAUGGGAGAGACAAUCUGUGGAAAGUACGGACAACAAGAUUAAAACCAUUAGUAAAACCAAAACAACGGAAAAUAAGGUAGUUCUAAUGAGUGAUUCAGUUAAAAGUAAUGCUUCUGUACCAGAACAAAAACGAGCUGUUCCCUUGAAACCUGAGAGGUCCAAAAAACUAAAAGGAAAACAUGGAGUCAAAGAUCAAAGUGAAAGAGACACAAUUUACUCUAAUUUAUUUGAUGACACAAAAGGAACAAAGUCAGAGGAAUCAUCUGGAAUUGAAAAAAUACCAGCUUUUUUCACACAGACAAGUAUGCCUUCAGUCAUGGAUAGCACCCCGGCAGUUCCUAAAAGAGACUACACAGCUAAUGGAUAUGUUAGGGAAACCAGAAAAUGCAACCAUCCUCCACAAACAUACAGGAAACAAUUUCAGGAUUCAGAAGACAAUACUGAUCAGAGACUUAGUGCAGAUGAUGACCAGGUGUGCUUUGAAGACACUUCCCCACUCACUGAUUUCUCAUCAAACUUAAUAUUUUCUGGCUUUGAGCAAAUGACUCCUUUGAAUUCUCAUGUAAAGUCCCAGAAGUCAAGAGAGAUGCGACACAAACAAUCUUCUCCUACUGACUCCAGCUACAGCCUUCUCAAGAGCUCCAGCUUAGAAUCAGCUAAAAAGAAACCAUCGGAACCCCUUCCCACCCCAGCAAUUCAUGCGGAACCUCAGGAGGAAGUCCAGAGAGAGCCAUGGGAACGGCGUCUGGGAUCAGUGUCUGAGGAUGACCCUGACCCUGAGUAUCUAUAUCUCAAGGAGACCCACCUGGGCAUUGAACGCAAAUGCUCCAGCAUCACCGUUAGCUCCACUUCCAGUUUAGAGGCCGAGGUGGACUUCACUGUCCUCAUGGACCUUCAAACAGGGAUGGAGGAGUUCUCCAGAGGAAUGACGGAGUUAGGAGAGAAGGACAUCUCACAUGAACUUUGUGUUUCAGACCGGCCAGCACAUCCAGCUUUCAUGCUAGGGUCCGAGCCCAUCAUCAUUCCACAGGAAAAACCUGCAGAACUAUUGAGGUCGAUGGAAGAACUGAAGCCCAUUGUAGAACAGAAGCCUGUGGAGCAGCGUAAACCUGAGCCUUUUGUGCCAAAAAAAGCUCCACGGUCAGUGAAGGCUGCUCAGGCUUUAAAAAAGGAAUCUGCAGAGCUCCUUCAUAUCCAGUCAGUAAGGCAAGAUGGUUCAGACACAGCAUCUCUACAGCUUCACAGCAGAGAGAGCAGUGACAUCAUUGCUUCUCAAGCUCUAAGAAAAACAGAAGUCAAGAUCGAGACGCAGCCGAAUGGGUCAGAGGUUACUACGACCAUUAUGGAGAUAGCAGACCAGGAUCAUGGUAUGAGUGGUUUGUGUGAAGCCCCAUUCUCAGUGGCAGAGAGGAUCUCUCCUGUGAGCUUCGGAUCUUUGGCCAGAGAGGGUUCUGGGUCUCCUCUACUUGUAACAGAGAAUGUGACAUCAGCCACAACACAUGUUACCAAAACAGUAAAAGGAGGAUACUCGGAGACAAGGAUUGAGAAGAGGAUUAUCAUUACUGGAGAUGAUGAUGUUGACCAAGAUCAAGCACUCGCCAUGGCAAUAAAAGAAGCCAAGCAGCAGCAUCCUGACAUGUUGGUAACCAAGGCCAUAGUUGUCAGGGAAACAGAAUCUUCCACGCAAGAUGCACAUGAGCAAUUCAAGUCCUGAUCUCUAAGGCUGUCAGGACUGUUCACAGGAGAAGUACUGUAUUUUAAACCACCUACAGAUGGUGGAUCAUGGACACCCACUAUCCAGCACCCAUCAAACUUAACCCACAGGAUCCAGUGCCUCCCUGGUGGCAUACAGAUACUGUAUACAUCAUCUCUGUCACAAUUCAAACCUCACAUCUGUCUGUUUUUACAUUAAAUGUGGUCAUGCUAAAUGGGAAACAUUUCUCUGUCUGGUUGUCAAAUAAAACAGGCACUAAAGGUGGCAUUGUGCAUCCCAUGCUGGACCAUUGAACCAUUUGAAACUGACUAUUUCUCUUGGUGUAUGGAGAUCUAUUGGAUAGGCAUCAGAGAAAGCAACAUAUGAGCUUAUUUUGCAAUCAUCAGACUACAGGAAUAGGAACUUGUAUCAGAACACAUAUUACUGUUACUUGAUCAACUAAAGCUAAAAUGCUGUUAAAUUUUAAUUCUCAGACCCUUUAUGUGUAUGUGACAAUGGUCAUAUGAAAGAAACAAGUCAAAAAAAUCUAAAAGAUGGGCACCAUCAGGACAGUUACAGUGAAUCAGUGCACACAUCAUAUAGACACAUAUGGUGUUGACAGGGCAUGGACAGAUUGCUGGACACAUGGACAACAAUUUGUGCCAAUUAUUGAAGGAAGACGCUUCUGAGAAGCAGUGGCUUUCUGAGAAAACGAAAAAACAAGAAACAGCUUUGAAACAGGCUGACACAAAUACUCAGCAUAAAGUGAAUAAAACCCAUUGUCAUUGUGAAGAUAAGUUCUCCAUAAAAAUCUCCAUAGGGCCUUGUUCCUGGAAAGUGUGAUGUUUAUGUAUAUUUGGCCCUGGAAACCCUUUCAUUAAUCGUGUAUGAUUCAUAUUCAGUUUACAAAAUGAAAUUAUCCUUUAAAUGAGGUGCUAAUUCCUAAAGUGAAAACCAAUUCCCUGUAUAUAUAUCUAAAAAACAAAACAAAAAAAAAAACAAAACACAUUUCAUAUUACUGUAGUAAGAAAAUCCCUCCACUGUUCUCCAAGCAGGCGUUAAUCAAUCUGGAAAUUAUGUAAUAUGAACAUGUUUAUACAAAUGGUUUUGCGCAAGAUUUGAAGACCCAAUGAUAAUAUUUUAUUUUAUAUAGGUAUUUUAAACAAAGAAAAAAUGUCAUGGCCUAGAUAUAUUGACCCUGAUGCUAGCAAAGCAGAAUAAAGUGUGUUGAAUAACUGUGCCAUAUGCAUGACAAACUGCCCCAUUAUUAGUUCCACUAGUUUAUAGAAAGAAAAAAAAAGAAAGAAGACACAAAUACUGUUAUUUGGCUUUUCAAAUACCUCCACUCUCAUUUUUCUUUUUUCUUUUUUUCUACUAUGCGAAUACACCAUGUCCCAUAAACAGAUGUCUUUACAGUUUCACAGUGUUUCAAUAUAAUGAUUGCUUACUCUGUGUUAGGUGUCAUGAGCAUUUUAUUUCUAUUUUCAGUGGACUGUGCAGUGAUUCUCCUUAAAUUCUUCCCUCUGUAACAAUCGUGCUGGAACAGAAUGAAUGGCUGAAUGCAGAUUUGCCUGUUGCAGUGUUUUAUAGGUGAAUGGGCCUUAAAUGGUACAUGCAUUACUGUGCUUUAAAAUGAUACUUGGGAAUACUGUGUAAGGAUGAAGAAUCUCUGCUCUGAUUUUCAUUAGAAAGCUGAAAGUGACUUGUAGAGGAUUGUGUUAUGGACCUUAAACAAAGAAUUGUACCAUGUGAAUGUUUCAUAUAGGCACAUCUUUCUCAACUUGAAAAUGUCAUGAGUAGAAUUAGAGCAUUAAGACAUUUAAGCAGUACAUUUACAGACUUAAAUGGAGUGGUUUUCCAGACAAGGUUGAAAAUUACACAAUGCCAUAAUCCUACAAAAAUAAAAUAUGGAUUUCCUGUUAUUUAACAAUCCUUGAUUGGAUUAAGAUGUUUUCUUUCAUUAAAUUAACAGCUAGAAAACAGUAAUUACAAUUUAUGAUUUAUGUAUUAUCUGGCCACAUAUAUUGUAUCCAACAUUCAUUAUUAAUAUAGUGAACAUUAAUAGAGAUAUGGCUAAUCUGAAAAUAAACCUGUCAUCGUUGAAAUUUAAUUUUCAACUUUGUGCAUUGUCUUCAAUUUUAGUUUUAAAAUAGCAUACAGGUGUUGUAGCCUACCAUGAACUGUAGUUAAUAGAUAAAAGCAUUCAGUAAACUGGAAUUAUCAUGCCAUUUAGCCAAAAAGUCAUGGCUGGAAAACCACCCCUGAUUUUUUUUUUUAUAUACAAGUACAAAAGUGCCAUGGAAAGCUGCUAACUUCAUUCCAAGCCAUUCAUCAGCUACUUAACCCAGACCUUCAUCUCAAACCAAGACCUCUAACAUAAGCCUAUGAAUGAUUUAGCAGUCUGAUAAUGCUAUCUGAAAUAUACCGCUUGUUAGUUUACAGUAGUCUUCUCUCAUUUCCUGUACUGGGGAAGGGUUAAAGAGAACAAAGCAAGCUGAUUUGGUAGGGAGUUGGUGACAUCUAUUGAGUAGAUGUUGCUUCCAUUGCAGUUCAGGGUUCAUAACUUCACUCUACCUUUUCUAAUAAUUAUUAAUCAUGUGUCAUGGAGGUCAUGUGCUAAAGGACAGAGAACCUCACUGAUGAAUACAGCUCUGCAUAUGAUCUACUCUUUUGCAUUUACACUUCUUUCACUUGUACUCUGUAAUUCCUUCUGCUUGGUUUCCUGUGUUUGCUGUACAGUGAUCUACAUUAAAUAAAUUGGCCAA